GUUUGUUUGUUUCUUUUCUUUGGUUUUCUUUCGCAUUCGCUGGUGCUGCUUUUUGUAGGCUUAUGGUUAAGGUUUUACCUUUCGCUGGCGGAAACUAGAGAGGGAAACAAGAGAGAGAGAGAGAGAGAGAGAGAGAGAGAGAGAGUGCGAAAUUAAGAUCAAGCGAGAGCAGCAAGUGAUGGGGCGAGGGAAGGUGCAGCUGAAGCGAAUCGACGACAAGAUCAGGCGGCAAGUGACGUUUUCGAAGCGGAGAACCGGGCUGAUAAAGAAGGCACGUGAGCUGUCCGUGCUCUGCGGGGUGGACGUCGGCCUUGUCAUCUUCUCCCCCAAGGGGAGGCUCUACGAGUUCUGUAGCGGCGAGAGUUUUGGAAAGCUUGUCGAGCGUUACCAGAUACAUAAUGAUGAGGAAAUUGGUACUUCCAAGGAUGCUGGUGGUACUGACAAGAUGCAGAAGAAUAAUUCCGAAGGGAGUGGUCUCCGCACAGGCGCUAACCAAUCUCUGAAAAUGAUUCAAAGUGAUAUGGAAGCACAAGACAUUGAAAAUCUAGAUAUUCCAGAGCUUACCCAGCUUGAGGAGGAAUUGGAUGCAGUUUUAAGACGAACAAGAUCAAGAAAGACACAGCUGAUGACGGAAACCUGUACAGCUCUUAUCGAGACGGAAAAACAGCUGAAAGAAGAGAAGCUUCUCCUAGAAAAUGAGAUUGCAGCACUGAAGCUGAAGCAGCAGCAGAGCAAGGACCGAGCUGCCGACGAGGAACCAGAUCAGCAGAGCACUUUCGCCGCUAAUAACACCACCACCACCACCACCAACAGCUGCUGCAGCGACGACAAUGUUCCGGCCAUCAAACUUCAUUUAUUUCUUUCUGAAAAAAGAAAACAUAACGCGGACACGGACACGGACCAAACCAACUAACUGCAAGCCCAGGAUAUGAUACAAAUACUACAUGCAGGGCAGGGUGAUCAUUCAAACAACAAAUAUUGUCCUUAAUUAAAACACAAUCGUCCAAAAACUGAUUCGAUUCACCGAGAUUUCACACUACUGUCAUUCCCUUGAUAACUAUCAAGUGACAGUGUUGUUCGCUGUAACUUUCAAUUUGUAUUUGCAACAAAAAACAAGAGAAAUAGUUAUGACUUCCUCCUGUAAGAAACACACUUUCCACUUAAACGCUGACAGCCGUUUACAUGGUAGACCAUGCCACUUAAUAUCUUAACAUUUGCAGAUUACCA